CGCGCCCGCCUCUUCGUGGCCCUCGACGUCCUCUGCCUGCUGCUCGCCUCUCUGCCCUUUGCCAUUUUGAGCCUCGUGAACUCCCCCUACAAGCGUGGGUUUUAUUGCGACGACACCUCCAUCCGGUUCCCGUACAAGGCGGACACCAUUACUCACGGAGCGAUGGCCGGAGUGACCAUCACCUGCACUACAAUAAUUAUUUCCUUGGGUGAGGCGUAUCUCGUUUACAGGAAACGCCUGUACUCCCGGUCGGAGUUCAACAAUUACCUGGCCGCCCUCUACAAGGUGCUGGGGACUUUCCUGUUUGGCGCAGCCGUCAGCCAGUCCCUGACAGACCUGGCCAAAUACAUGAUUGGGCGUCUGCGGCCGAACUUCCUGGCGGUAUGCAAUCCCAACUGGUCGAAAAUAAAUUGCUCGGAGUACGUGCAGCUGGAAGGCGGCGUGUGCCAGGGGAACAUCAGGAAUAUCACGGAGUCCAGGUUAUCGUUCUAUUCUGGCCAUUCCUCGUUCGGAAUGUAUUGCAUGAUGUUUCUGGCGCUCUACGUACAAGCCCGCCUGGUGGAGCGGUGGGCCCGCCUGGUGCGCCCAACGGUCCAGUUCUUCCUCAUCUCCUUCGCCCUCUACGUGGGCUACACCCGAGUCUCCGACUACAAACACCACUGGAAUGACGUGCUGGUGGGACUCCUCCAGGGAGCGCUGAUCGCUGUCCUUGUGGUCCUCUAUGUGUCUGACUUCUUCAAGCAGCGUUCGCCGCAGCCGUGCGAGGAGAAGGAAGCCACCGGGCGGAAACCCAGCAUUCCCCUGACGCCCGGCAGUCCGGAGCACAAUCACUACAGCUAUCGGGUGUCUACCUGA